AUGGUCGAUAGAGAAUCUUUAUUAUCUGAAGUUGCUAACCUCGAUUCUCAACUAAAACAAUGGUUUUUAUUCAGACGAGUACAAGCUGAGCGUUCUCUAUCCAUUAAAAAGUUAUUGGAUGACAAUAACUUUCUUGGUUUGUCUGGAAACAAUAAAAAUGUGCCAGUUACUGACCAGGUGCUUUGGCAUGACAUUGUAAAGGGAAAGCCCGAAUUGGAGGACGAACUUUCUUUAAACGCCAGGGAAAUGAAGGCUGACAAAUACUUGGACAUCUUUAGACAAUCUUGCGACUACGACAAUGAAUGUAGAUUGCCAGGAUCUAAUUACUUUCGUUGUCUUCAGGACAACUUCAAGGACUCCUCUCAGGACAGGAACUCCAAAUGUUCUGAUUUUUUUGACGUUUUUGACAAGUGCAGAAAAAAACUUCAAAAAACUCAGCUUGAUUUAGUGGAGAAUGCUCUAAAGAGGCAGGAGGAGCAGGACAACAGGGCUAAGGAGUUGUUUAAUCGUCGACUAAGUUUACUUAAAAAGAUUAAUGAGGGUUAA